AUGCAAUCGUCCAAUAAAUGUUACAGAGGCACAGAUGAGAGCCAGUCAACAGUGCUCGAAAAGGAUGACUUUUCGUCGAUUGUGCAAGAUGACCACUGCGUCGGGUCGACAACUUGCAGGCAAGAGGUGUUGUAUAAACGAGUGAAAUUAACUCGAAAACGCCAUCAAAACAACACUCGUAAAUUCGAGACGUACGCUGAGAAGAAGUUGAACGUGCUCAAUUCGACGAAAAGCAGCAUGGAAAUGGCACGCGGAAUCGCAUCAAGCAAAUCACAACGAGGACAAGACGAUGCAUUUUAUGUAAUGAACGUUAAUACGGUGAUUAGACGUCUGAUGGAAUGGAAAACAAAUUUACCGAGAGUUGAGCCGUUCUACGCAGUGAAGUGCAACGACGAUCCGGUAUUGAUGAAGGUGUUGGCAUCGUUCGGUUGUGGUUUCGAUGUGGCUAGCAAGGUUGAGUGUACGAAGGCAAUAAAAUUGGUACCAAAAGACAAAAUAGUUUAUGCGAAUCCGAUUAAGACGAAUUCGUUCAUAAAACGAGCGAGAGAAUUGGACAUUGGAAUGAUGACUUUCGAUACGGUUGAAGAACUCGACAAGGUGGCUCGUCUCUACCCAAAAGCCAAACUGAUUCUACGCAUAGCGACGAAUGACUCGUCUGCGAAAUGUCGUCUGAGUAUGAAGUUUGGUUGUGAUGCGCUCAAAGAUGGUCCACACAUCCUGAAGGCUGCAUGUGAACGCGGCAUUGAUGUCAUUGGAAUCGCUUUCCAUGUGGGCAGUGGUUGUAACGAUCCAACAACGUUUCAAGAGGCCAUUAUGGAAUCUCGCGCUCUAUUCGAUAUCGGCACUAGUUUCGGUCAUGAAAUGAAACUUUUGGAUAUUGGUGGAGGAUUUCCAGGUGGUGAGGCCGAAAUUGGCAGUUUCGAAAAUAUGGCACGCUUGAUUGGAAGCUGCCUUGAUGAGUAUUUCCCAGCGAGUGAAGGCGUUCGAAUCAUUGCUGAGCCUGGAAGAUUUUUUGCUCAUGCAACCUUUUCACUGGUCACAAAUGUUAUCGGUGUAAAGAAAGUUGGUGCAGAACGAUUCGAUGACAGUGGAGGAACCAACAACGAUGACAUUCCAGGAUUUAUGUACUAUAUGAACGAUGGCGUCUACGGUUCAUUCAACUGCAUAUUUUUCGAUCAUACUAGUCCCGAAGGGCAGCCGCUUUUUAGCAAAGAAGGUGAAGAUUGUUUUCCGUGUACUAUUUGGGGACCAACAUGCGAUGGAUUAGACCAAGUCGAGAAACGUCGGAUGAUGCCUGCGUUAUCGAUCGGUGAUUGGCUUUAUUAUGAGGAAAUGGGAGCCUACACGUGCUCGGCUGCAUCCACUUUCAACGGUUUUGCCAAGCCAAGAGUCUAUUAUUUCGCUGAUGAGAAUACAUGGAAACUGAUUGCGGACAGUACAUAG